UUGAAGCUGGAGGGUCUAGAACAAGAAGACGGCCCUGAUUUCGAGCCUCGCGGCAGCGCCUGAAUCCCAGAAAUAGCGCAAGCGCUUUCCAAAAGCUUUAAGGCCCGUGAAGAAACGGAGAGAAGGAGAGUCAGACUGGCUGGAGGUCGCGGGGUGCGGUCCGGCACCGCCACGCAACCGCUAUAUCCUCCUUUUCGAAUAUUACCACGGCGAUAGCCGUUCCUCGUGACAGUGCUCGACGGACAGCAACCAUACCAGCACGCACGAUCACGUAGAACCUUGAUAAUUUCCGUUUUCCCUGCUCGCGUAGUAAAAAAUUCCACGUUCCGCGUCCACGACGACGAUCUCUUCCUCGUCGUACAUCUGGCUGUACAAAGUGUUUUUUUUUUUGUUUUUUGAGUAAAUUUGUUCCUUAAUUUAAAAAUAAAAAAGUAAAAAAAAGUAAAAAGAGAAUCGCGCCACCAUGGUAUGUUCUAUUGAUGAUAUCGCCGACGAACUUCCCCCUGAACAAAUCGCUGUCCUUCGUAAAGCGUUCGACAGCUUCGACAGGGAGAAGAGCGGCAGCAUUCCCACCGAUAUGGUGGCCGACAUCCUCAGACUGAUGGGCCAACCUUUCAACAAGAAGAUUCUUGAUGAGCUGAUUGAAGAAGUUGACGCAGAUAAAUCUGGACGCCUGGAGUUCGAAGAGUUCGUUACCUUGGCUGCGAAAUUCAUCGUUGAAGAGGAUGCAGAAGCCCUGGAGAAGGAACUUCGAGAAGCUUUCAGGCUUUAUGACAAAGAAGGAAACGGUUACAUCCCGACUACAUGCUUGCGCGAAAUUUUGAGGGAAUUGGAUGACCAAUUGACGGACGAGGAAUUAGACAUCAUGAUCGAGGAGAUCGAUUCUGAUGGAUCUGGCACCGUUGACUUUGAUGAAUUCAUGGAGAUGAUGACUGGAGAAUAAAUCAGUUGACGUGUCGGUGAUAUCAGUACUCAAAGACAAUACAAGUGCGACGAUCACGUUCUAUUCUCAAACUAAUUAUCUGCGUGUUUCUUUUAAGAAAAACCAAAAAAAGUUGCAGUUGCAAAUGAGAACAGUGUCUCUAAAUGCGUGCAAAGGUUAUGUCUCCUAACGUCAUGACGCGUCUUCGUCUAUUGUUCAAGCUCGUUGGAUUUUGGAACGAUUGGAAAAUAGCUUGUGUCACGAGGAAGAUCUCGUCUACGGAUUUUUCUUCUACUUUAACGAGUGUCACAAAUUAACUAUUUUAUAUGCGAGUCGUGAUUAUAAUUAUUAUUAUUAUUGUAAAAGUAACGAGUCACAGGUUCCAAUAUAUUUGCAUCAC